ACAGCGUGGGUUUGCUUUGCACCAGUGAGUCAUUGAGUGGAAGGAGGAGGGAGGGCAGCAGGAAAGAGGAAGCACAGAAGGAUUCUAAUCUUAAGACCAACUGAGCAGUCAGUGACACUGACAUUCACACAGCUGGCAUCUUCUUCACAACGCCACGGAAUCGUCUCUGUACAACGAGAUUACUCAAGGAUUAUUCUCCAAUUCAAUGAACUGGACCGAGAAACAACACAUCGUGACAAGAGUGUGUUUACAAAAUGGCAAAAAUGGAGACACUUUCCUAAUGUCCGCCACUAAAUCUCCCUUUAUAUUUCCAUUUCCUAAUCCCACUUUACACUCUCAAUCAACAAUCAUUCUAUUUCAGCAAUGGACAGGUACUUUACCUUUCCUUGAACCUGUCAGCAGCCCAUCAAGGUUUAGCAAUCAUGCCUGGUAGUUCUGGGACCUUGUAGACUUCCCCAAUCCUCACCAUCUCCCCUUUGUCAUUCCUCUUUGAGCCAACAAAGAACGUCAUUAAAAGAAUGGAAGUCCGUGAAUCAACUGAUACCGGGCAGAAAUACCCAAAUAAGGAACACAUGAAGGAGAAGGGGCCUCUGCAAAGAAAGUGGGCAUCCGAACCCUCUGCCACCACCAAACGAAGUACUUUUGCCGACCCAGGAGCAAAGCAUCGUGAGAGUUUCCCAUGUGGUGGAUCAGCACCCCAACAGAAAUACACGCUAACAGUAAAUUCUGGAAAGCUGCCAUCAGGACCCUCUGCCGUUGGGGCCAUUGGAGGCCCGUCAUCUCAAGAUCCUCAAGGGCCCUUUGCUCAGGUGUUCCAGAGGGGGUACCCCUACCAGCUGGGCCUCCCUUAUCCUCAGCACCCGCAAACUGAGCGAUUACUCUCAGGAGCAAAACCCCAACCAGGCCUGGACCCUCACGCCUGGCCAUUUGCGGGGCAGCUGCCCUCAGAAGACCUGUACCCUGUGGUACACCCAUGUCACACACACCCACACGGUACUGCAGCAGUUAGGUUUCCUCGGCAAAAAUCUCCUAGUUUACCCAGUUCCUUUGGAAAUUAUUCUCAGUCGGGCCCUGAGCCGGGAGAGGAAGGCUAUGGCAAAAAAGAUCAAAAGCCAAAAAAGCCUGGAAAGUACAUCUGUGACUUUUGUGGACGUGCCUGUGCCAAGCCCAGUGUUCUGAAGAAGCACAUUCGCUCACAUACUGGAGAAAGACCAUAUCCCUGCAUACCCUGUGGCUUCUCCUUCAAAACAAAGAGCAACCUUUACAAGCAUCGCAAGUCCCAUGCUCACGCCAUCAAGGCUGGACUUGUACCUUUUUCAGAGCUUGCAGUCAUGCGCAGUGAGGAGAUGGACCAAGCAUCUCCUGUGGGCGAAGCAGAAGUCCAUUCAGAUGGGGAGCAAAGCACUGACACAGAUGAGGAAGGCAUGGAGGGUUCCACCAUGCUGACGGACAAAGAAAGCGCUGUUGCUCAGAUUUCCUUUGAGGCCGACAAGAAUACAGGUGGUGUAGAACCAGCAUAUGCAGACUCAGCUGAAGAGCUGUCCAUGGUAUCCGUGAAAGUGCCUAUCCUCAUUGUCCCCAAGCGUGGAGGAGUGCCCUCCACAGGGGCAGAGUACCCACACUUUCCAGACAUAAAGGGUUCACGCCACAUGUUGGCAACACACGCUGGUGGGAUUGGACAUUCAAUGGAUGACUCCCCCACCAUCAAACAACGCCUAGCACUAAGACUGACUGAGAAGAAAGUCCAAGAUCCUGACUCCGCAACAACCCAGUCCCUAAACCUCCUCAGUCCUCAUAGCAAGGGCAGCACAGACUCUGGCUACUUUUCACGUUCUGAGAGUGCAGAGCAGCAAAUCAGCCCCCCAAAUAGCAAUGUCAAAUCAUACGAGGAGAUUAUGUUUGGUCGGACAUGGUACUACAGACCCAACUCCAGAUCAAGACACUCUAUUCCAGUGGGCAUGGCUGGGGCUGACCCCACCAAUUUGGCUAACUUAAAGCAAUCUGGUACUAUUUUAGAUAUGGGAAAGAUAGCAGAGGAUCCGGUAUGUUUCAGAGGCAAUGUAGGAAUCUCUGGAAAUCCCAAGCAGUACCCAACAGGUCCUUGUCAGAGUAAUACAGGACUUUUAGAACCUCCUUCAGAUUCUGGACAUCUUUUCAGGAGCAACUCUAUGCCAACUUCCUCGCCUCCAAACCUCAGCGUCCCCCCAGGAAUUCGAGGUAGCCACUCCUUUGAUGAGAUGAUGACACCAGAUGAUGUGUUUUAUCCAGCAGGGCUACGCAGGCUCAGAAGACAAGCUGCUUUUGAGCAUUCAGCCAAUGAAGCUCAAGUAGGAGAGGCUGAGGGCUAUGUACACAUGCCCAAGAAUUUAGCCCAACCUUCCGGAAUAAAAAUAGGCGAGCAUAGCCAAGGAGUUCCAGAACACAUUUCCUACAGCUCAUAUGGUACUAAAGUCAGCAUGCCAGAAAUAGCUCCAAGAAAAAGGAGGAAAGAGAAAAGCGAAGGUGAUGAGGAGGACAGCCCUGGACACUGUGAUAGUAGCUGCAGUGGUUCAGUAGAGAUGAGUGGGGACUAUGAGUUCAAACAGGGCCACGUUGAUGGAUCUAGAGCCACCCCAACAGGGAAGGGCUCGUUACACAGUGCUCACAGUCAGUCGGACAGCUUUGAUACUUGUGCCAGUAUGUGCUCAGAGGACAUUGCACUGUUCCCAGACGCUGACAGCAGAAAAGCAGCUGGGAAUGUCAUAUCAGUUAUCCAGCACACCAACUCCCUCAGCCGGCCAAACUCCUUUGAGAAAUCAGAAUCCUUUGAGCAAUUAGGACAUCAGCCGACAGAAAGAGCUCUAUUGAGCCAGCAGUCAGAACACUCAGAUACUGAGAUCUUUGAGGAUGCCCUGAGUCCCGAGUCAGCCCUGCUGAGGACAGAGAGCAUGGAGCAGCAGCCGCAGAGCGACAGUGAUCUGGCCUCCAUCUCCUCUUCCUCAACAGCACCCUCACCUGGCCAACCAUACCACAUCCCACAUAAACUGGUCCGUCAACCCAACAUCCAGGUACCUGAAAUCAGGGUGACGGAGGAACCAGACAAGCCUGAUAAAGAUACAGAACCUCGGAUGACAAAAGAAGCAGAGAAACAGCAGCAGCAGCAGCAUGGGGUGGAGGAGUUCCAGCUGCCUCAGAGGAGUGACACGCUUUCACAGAUGCCAUCAGAGAAACUCCCGCCAAAGAAAAAGAGGCUUCGCUUGGCGGACAUGGAGCACUCAUCUGGGGAAUCAAGUUUUGAGUCAACCUGUACCAGCCUGUCUCGCAGCCCAAGCCAAGAGAGCAACCUGUCCCAUUCCUCCUCCUUCUCCAUGUCUUUUGACAGAGAUGAAGGUCUCAAGCCUGUAUCCCCCACCAAACAGGAUGAGCUGACUGCUGGAGGUGGAGUUAAGCAAUCGGAGUUCCUGACAGUGCCUGGCAGUGGUCAUUCCAGCCACUACCAGCAGAGAGAGAUGAGGAGAUCUUCAUCAGAACAGGCCCCCUGCAAAGUGCCAACCGAGCUGCCUGAAAUGCGCAGCAAAUCUUUUGACUUUGGCAGCUUGUCCUCCUCCAGACAAGGAGAACUAUACUCCAGUGCUUCAGCAAUGAAGGAGCGCCGGCGUGGAUAUCUUGUCCGACAGGCGUCACUCAGUGUUUAUCCAGAGGCUGUUGCACAGGAGCCACCAGGUGCCGAGAUGUCAGUCAAACAGGAGAGUCUGGAACAAGGGGUGUGGCCCGGCACAACAGGACCCGCCCACGGCACCAGUGAUGUAACCAGCAAAGCAAAGAGAGUCAGCAGUAACAGCGUUGGUCAGAAUCAGCAGCUCCUCCAACAUGUCCUGCAGCAGAGCAUCAGCGAGGACAGUCUACAGGAUGAGCCGGUCUGCAGCAGCAGGUCCCAGCAGCACCGUCUUCAGGCUCAGGGCUCCUCGUCUGAGGGAGAAUAUCUGGUUCAGGAGGUUAUGAACAAGGAAGUAUUUCGGCAGUACCAGAGCAGCCCGCCUUUCCUUUCGUUCCAGCAGCCAGGUCUCUUCUGGAGCCACGAGGCUCCCCGGCAGCAGUUGACUUUGCAGACACAACAGCAACUCCAAAAACUCCACAUCAGAUCACCAAGCAACCUACCGGCACAGUCACACCAGCAACAGCAACUCCAUGAUCAGCAGCCACAUGAUCAAAAGUCCGAAUCUCUACCGUCUUUCUCUUCUCGUGACUCUCCAGGCUGCCCGCAACAGCGGGGACACUUCAGCUCCAGCACCUCCUCCAUGCUGCUGCAGCAGGUCCAGCCCGUCUUUGCCACCCAAAACCUGAAUUCUCAUGCCUCUGUCCCAGGAAUGCUGGUUCCUGUGAGGAUCCAAACUCAUGUGCCGUCCUUUGGGAGUGUUAUGUACACCAGUGUUAGUCAGCUGAUAGCUAGCCAUGGCAGCAGCCUACAUGGAAGUUCAGUUCCUCGAGGCAGAGCUAGCAGCAGCAGCACGCCUCACUCAGUUGUUAUCGGAGGAAGCACGAGCAGUUUUAACCUAUCACACUUUCUGGGACAAACCGAUGAGACAAUGUUGCAAUACCCACUCUGGAAAGGUCCAGAUUCUCUCCCAGAGCAACGCCUAAACACAGGGAUCCCACUGUCAAUAACAUCAGGUACCGUUUCCACCGCUGAUGCCUCGGGGUCUGGAGCUGGAAGCAGCAAGCGUAUGCUGUCCCCUGCCAGCUCUCUGGAGCUCUUCAUUGAGACCAAGCAACAGAAACGUGUCAAGGAGGAGAAGAUGUAUGGACAGAUUGUGAAGGAAAUGAGUGCUGUGGAGCUGGGUGGAACAGAAAGCAGCAAUAAUCUUAAGGAGGAGCAGCGAAGUCCACGGGUCCCUCUGAAGAGUGAAGACUCUGUGGACGAUUCUGAGAGGAUGAACUCAUCUCCUCCAUUAAAUGAUUUCCCCAUCGCCAUCAAGAUAGCUGUUCCAGUCCGGUCCUCUGCCCCCCACCCCCCUGAUGUAGCUCAAGCUGAGAGCUUUACUCCUCCUCUGCAGAUCCUCACAGACCGCUCCCCGGUUUCAAGUGGUCGGGACUCCCCAGAGGAGCUCGACGUGGACGACUCAACGCCUGAGCCCAACUCCAGCUCCCAGUCCAGGGCCUCAUCCAAGGAACUGGAAGAAGCUGACAGCAUGAGGCAAUCAACAUCGAGCAAAACCACUGACAGCCGGCGACUGCAGCAAGCUGCCAACAAGAGCGCGGUUUUAUCCAGAGCUGUGGAUCAAACUCUGCUGCUCACAGAGGUGGCCGAUGGACAGCAGGUUUUCCAGUUUCCAAGCCUGCGCACCACAAGCAGGGUCAACUGGUGUUUCCUGAACUACACUAAACCCAACAGCACUCAGGCUACCCCCAGAAAUUCUGUCUACAGCUCAUGGUGUGUUAGUUCCUACAACCCAAAUCCCCUGAACCUCAGUACCAAGGCUGCACUGGCCCUGCUUAGGUCCAAACAAAGGACAAACUCCAACUUAAUUUAUAUGAUGGCUGCCAUGUCUCCUCCCAGCUCGGGAAAACUGGUGUCGUCUGUGGCCUGGAAGCUGAGCUUUGAUCAGCUGAAACCAGAGCUGAUGCCGGUAGAACCAAGUAAACUUGGGAGGAAGAUGAAGGGAGUGGCAUCAUGGGAGCAUUCAAAUGAGGAGCAGACGGAGAAGGAGGCGUCUGUCAAACAACCUCCCACUGAGCCGACCCGCAUCAAGAUCUUCGAAGGCGGGUACAAAUCCAACGAGGACUACAUUUACGUCCGAGGUCGUGGUCGUGGGAAAUACAUCUGUGAGGAGUGUGGCAUCCGCUGUAAGAAACCCAGCAUGCUGAAGAAACACAUCCGGACACACACUGACCUCCGGCCCUACGUCUGCAAGUUCUGCAACUUUGCCUUCAAGACCAAAGGAAACUUGACCAAACACAUGAAGUCGAAAGCUCACAUGAAAAAGUGUCUGGAAUUGGGAGUGUCCAUGUCUUCUAUUGAGGAUGCCGACGCAGACGACACAGACGUGGGCGAGCGGGCGUGUGAGAAGCUUCAGAGAUGUGCCAUGGCAGAACACCAGUUCUCAGACGCCGAUGACUCGGAUGGUGGCGAGGAAGACGCUGAUGAUGUAGACGAUGAGGAUGAUGAAGAGGAUGACUAUGACGGGGACUCCACUCCAAAGACUCGCUCACGCUCCACCAGCCCUCAACCUUACAGCCGACCCUCGCUGUCAAUCACAGCCGUCGCUGACUCUCAAACUCCACCCUCUAGCCACGAGCCGUCUCAACAACUGACAUCUGACAUAUUGGGCCACGCCCACAAACCACCACUGUUUGGCUACUUCACCACUGUGCCGAGCAUCCAAAUUACACCACUGGCUCCACCCAGUGACCAAACCCAGGCACAAUAUCAGCACAGCCUACAGGGGGCGCUGGGUAACAGGCUGCUGGUGCCUCCUUCAUCCAUCAUGGAUGAAGACCUCUCUGUCCCUUUAUUGGACCAGUCCUCCCCCUCCUCCCGCCUGUCCUCCCCAGGACUGGACCACUCCAGCUGUCCAUCUCCUAUCUCCCCCGCCUCCUCACCUUCAUCCCGCCGAUACCUCUCCCCACGUCGUGACCUGUCACCUCGGCCAGGUCACAUUUCGCCUCGGCGUGAAAUCUCCCCUCUACGACACAUUUCCCCUAAAAGGGAGCUGGUGGGAUGUCGGCGAGACCUGUCCCCCAGGAGGGAGCUGUCUUCUCGGGGACACCUCUCACUGCUGUCCCCUCUUUCUCGAGCCACAUCUCCCGGAGGGCGGGACUACAAACGUGACCUCUCACCACGAGGCCGCCACAAGGGCGUGAUCCGACCCGUGUCACCUCGCCGAGGAUUCCACCAACACCUCCGCCACCUAAGCCCGCAGAGCGGCGCUCGUGGCCUGAGGCUCGGCCCCCAGACUGGGUUACUGCCAGGUCAGAAAGAACCGGGUCCUGCUGGACGGCACAGAACCAGCACAGAGACUGAGAUGGAACGUCAUCUCGGUUUGCACUUAAAGGGGGAACGGAAAGAGGGCAGUCACCACGGUAACCAGUCCAGCCCACCACCUCCGGUGCUGUUCAGUCAUCUCCCGCUCCACUCUCAGCUCCAGGUGCGCUCGCCGUUCCCGAUGAUCCCUAUUGGAGGGAUCCAGAUGGUGCACUCCAUCCCUGUGUCCUUCACCUCCCCUCUGAGCCAGGAGGGGGCACUGCAGAAGAGCACAUCAGAGGAGUCCACAAACAGUGAUGUCACAUCGUCACAUUUCACCUCAUUUGCUAAGGCGGGAGGACAAGGAAGCCCAGGGAGAGUUGAGACAAUAAGGAAGGAGCUGUUUCCUCACAUCAGCCCACGACAGGAGACAAUGUCAUCCAACGAAGGAGGCGGAGCUAGGCAAGAGCAGGAAGAUGGCAUUCGGACCUGCACCAAGGCCAUUGCCUCGCUCUGCAUCGACACCGGUGAGCUCAUCGAGGGAGACGGCGGUGCUUCUUCCUCAUCUGCUUCAGCACCAGAGUCCCAACAACAACGCCAUCCCCCAUCCGUCCCCACGUCUCCGCAGUCCCCCCAGCACUCCCCAUCGCCUCCCGAGGGUCCGAGCAUUCAGCACUUUACCCUGCGCUCCUCGUCCUCUGCUCCCCCGUCCCCUCACCCGUCUACUCCAGGAUCACAAGGCCUCCAACUCACCGCAGUGUCCAAACUAGGCUCCGCCCCAUACGUCAGUGUCCCGGAGGAGAGAGAGAAGGAGGCAGAAAGCACACAGAGAGGCAAAGACGACUCAUAGAAAAAGGAGUUUUUAAAAUAGGGAAGACGUGCAACAGAGGAAAUAACGACAUUUGCACAUGAACUCAUUUUAUUGUAAAAGCACUUCAAACCACAGAGGUUUAGGAACACGGUGCAAGACAACCAUCUGAGAUUUUUAGAGGAAAUGGUACAAAAGUAAAAAAAAAUGUACCUUUUCAAAAAAUAAAACAUUUUGAGGAAGGAUCCACAAUUUGAAGAAACCAUAAAAAAAGAAAAGAAAUCUCACAAUAAAGUCACAAAUAUGAAGAAAAGUCAUGAUGUAACAAUAUGAGAAUAAAGUCAUAAUCCUCUGAAGGAAACUGCUAUCAAAUUAUUAUCAGAAUAGAAUUAUAGCAAAUAGAGAUACUCUCCAUGUUUGAGGAUGUCAAACUAAUGCAGCUGUUGAAUUUGUGAUUUCAUUCUCUAAAAUCAUCUCUGUAUCCACAACUUAAUUUUUUACUGUGAUUAUGAUUUCUCUCCUCAAUUAUGUCACUCUGUCAAUAUAUUUCUUGUAAAUUUACAAAAUUAUGUUGUCAUAAUUAUAAAUAUAUUUUCAUAGUACUGUUUUGAGUCAUGUGUACCGUUGUGAUUGACUGACCAGAAAUAUUCCUCUCAAAAUCUCAGAUUUUUAAAAUUUUUUAAGGGUCAGUCUGAAGCCUUCAACUUAACAGAUGUCAAACUUUAAAUCAGUUCAUGACAAAUCAACCUUAUGACACUUUAAUCAUGAGGGUGUAAACUUUCUUGUUCACAUUUAAAAACGCAGGGUUACACGUGGACUGGACAGAAAACCAGCAUGAGCUUGACCUCAGUCUGCGAGAACACCGACUCUGGUUUUGUAUUUGUGGUACGACUUAUGAAAAACAGGUCUAUGUGUGUGCCUUUUCUUUACAGUUUUCUUUGUCCUACUUAUUUUCUUAUAAGCAGACAAAGCAGGAAGGUAAAUGUAAAUACAAUACUAUUACUUUUUUUUUUGCCUAUCAGCUUUGUAAGGAAUGCAAUCCCCCAACGUCCUUCCCCCUCCUGUUUUUUGUUUUUUUAAUGACACCUUAAAUUUUCGAUGUGAAGUUACGAUAUUACAGUUGCACUAAAACAUAUUUUUAUAUAAGUGAAAUAAAAAAAUGGCUUUGUGUACAGCAGCAGUUCUAUAAUACUAUUUAUUAUUGUUACCAUGUUUCAUAAAGUGUACAUGUUUUUCUUAAAUGUUGUGGAUGCCUUUUUAAAGCAUGAUGUUUUUGCUAUCGCUGACAUUAUGGCGAGGAUAUGAACACUGUAAUAUGGCUUUAUAUGUUAAGACAUAUUUCUGUACGACUGGGUAAUACUCAGACGUGUAUACACAUAGAAGUAAUAUUUACCUUGCAUACACAGUAUAUCUGCACUUACACUUAGAGUAACAUUCACAGUAAGGUUGUUUGCGUGUACAUAUUCUCUGCUGCUCUUUGCCCGUCUCUGCCUGACAUCCCCCUGGGUUGUGGUGUUUUUGUUUCCUUUCUUUUUAAAUCAUUUUGACGAGGCAGAUUCAGCAUUAAACAAAUUAACAUACCUUGUUCUCAGUUUCACACUUGAAUCCACUGAUGUUUGCAGAUGGAUUUUCUGGAACAUUUUUAUUCAUCAGAAACCUGAAAGAGGAAAACAUUCCAGUUCAUGUAAAUAUCCAGUGAACACUUUUAACAUGGGCACCCACAUACAGAGAGAGAGAGAGAGAGACAAAAUAAUUUCACCUCUUACAUAAUCUCAUCUUUAACCUGAUUAAAGGUUAAAGACGAGGCGCAUUAAUCAGCAUCUAUUCUGAUCAUAAUCUACGAAUCAUUUGAAAAUGACAUUCUUGGGUUAAACUCUGAGGACUUGAUGCUUUUUUUCUGAUUGAAAUCAGUGAUGCUUGUAAAGGAAAGAGUGUGGAGCAUUUAAAACACAACUUGGAGAAAAACAGUACAAAUUAAGCCAUCGUUGUUAACUGCAGCCAUCAGUCCAACACACGUUAUCUGUGAAUAUGAUGACAUGAAUGUGAGUGGAGCUGAGGCUCCGUGUGAACUCACGUUUGUGGUCACUGGGUUUUGGAUCCAGACAUACACACCUGAUUACUGCACCUUAUCUUUUUUACAAUCUUGGCUAUGGAGGUUCCAGAAGUCUCUGCUCAGAGAAUGAAGUGUUCUGGAAAAGAACGGCCGUGCCCUCUCAACACCAAAAACCACUGGCAGAACUGCUACAUGAGCCUUCAGAGUCCAUCCUCUGCUCAUGGUGUUCACUUUUGUAGCUAAAAAAUAUAUAUAUUUCACCAAAACUCUGCUCACCAGCAGAUUUAUUUGUUGCAAGGCAACAACAGCGUUGUUUAAAAAUGCGAGCAGGAGACGAAGGUUCCUUUUGGGUGCUGCGGUUAUUCAACAGUUUUUGGUUGGAGGCAGGCAGGACUCCCUGUGAAUGUUUUAUUGUAUCGUUGUGUAUUCGACCAGUAUAUCCUAUACGUACGACUUUUUUAUACUUUGAUCCUUCUGUUAUGUACACUUAUGAUGAUAAUGAUGUCUCAAAAAGUUGCUCUUUCAAAGAUAUCAAAGCACAAGUCAUUGUAUAGAAAGAAUACAAAAAAGAAUGGAAAAAAGGUAAAGAUGCAUAUAAAGGGUAAAUUUUGUGAUGGUGUUCUGUGGACAGUUACAACAAGGAAUUGCCAGAGAAGUGGAAAAAUGGAUUGCUGUUUUUGAAUAAAUAUGAAUAAUUUACGUAUCACCUC